GGGGAAACAGUGACGUCAGUUUGGAGGCUGGUCCAUCAUGGCGGCCGUCAUGAGGCUGGUCAACAGAAGUACUUUAAGUUCAUCAAUGGGUCAACACUAUUUGGCGCUGAGCUCCGCAGCAAAGGUACAAGUCGUAAGCUUUUUUAUGCUUCUAUCCUCCAUAUAGUUUAUUUUACUUUGAAGUAGCAGGCUUUGUAGCGGGGCUUUUCAUACACCUGAAAGCGUCCCCCAAUGGUUCCCUGAAGCAGGUUCACUGGCUACUUAGUUGCAAAUAAUGACGCAAAAUAAUGACUUUUAUCGGGUUCAUUUUUGUGUUCAUAGGCUCGCGCGAGAGCAGGUCAAGCUCUACCUGAAAAGGUGAAGAUAGUGGAGGUGGGACCCCGAGAUGGUCUACAGAAUGAAAAGGUAACACGAGCAAAAUAAAUAACUUUAUUCAACUGCGCAAAACUGUUAGACACAGUUAAUGCCCCAGUUAUUGUAUUCACUUAAGCAUGACGGUUGUAGAUAAUCAUCAAGAGGUAAAACUGAAACAGAAAAGGUGCAAUAUUCAUGACUUAUGUAACCAGGUGAGGAUCAAUGUCGGUCAUGUAUAUAUGUCAGUGUAUCUUAAAGCGAAUUAAUGCUUUUCUGUUUAUCUCAGACCAUCGUGCCAACAGAGACAAAAAUCAAUUUAAUUGACAUGCUGUCAAUGUCCGGUUUGCCAGUCAUUGAGGCCACCAGCUUUGUAUCUCCAAAAUGGGUUCCUCAGGUGAGAUAAUUCUAUUCUGAUUGGUAUGUGCUGACACACCCACAGAGAGUAAGACAGAAACUGUGGUUUGUAAUAAUGUAAGUAGAUUCUUUGCUCCACCAUCAGUUGGUUUCUGUCUCCUUUGUUUUAAUGUCAGAUGGCAGACCAAGUUGAGGUGAUGAAGGGGAUCUGUAGGAAACCUGGGGUGUCUUAUCCAGUCCUUACUCCAAACCUCAAGGGCUUCCAGGCAGCUGUAAGUCUAAAACAUCAUAAUCCAGCACACUUCCCUGACAAACACUUGCUCUUGCCAAAAGUUCCUAGAAAAAUGCCAUGUCCUUCCUGCUCUUACAUUCUACAGGUAAAGGCUGGUGCCUCAGAGGUUGCCAUAUUUGGUGCUGCAUCUGAGCUGUUUAGUAAGAAGAACAUAAACUGCUCAGUGGAUGAGAGUUUACAGCGUUUUGAAGAGGUUAUGAAAGCAGCUAAAGAGGCUGGUGUGCCAGUUCGAGGGUAGGAUAACACAGUGUCUUUACUGUCAGCCAAACAUUAAAUCAUUUGGCGAACAGUGUUUUCUUUGGGUUUCUGCUUUGUGUAAUCCACGUUUUUUUGUCUCCACAGUUAUGUGUCAUGUGUUCUUGGAUGUCCAUAUGAAGGGAAGGUGGCACCUGAGAAAGUUGCUCAUGUGAGUUUUUAAUAGAUACAAGUUAAAAAAAUGCAAAUGAAAAAAGACACAUUAUUAUACAACCACAACUGUCUUCUGUCUUGCAGGUGGCAAAACGUCUUUACUCCAUGGGUUGCUAUGAGAUCUCCCUCGGUGACACUAUUGGAGUAGGAACUCCGGGUAGCAUGACUGAAAUGCUAGAAGCAGUGUGCCGAGAAGUACCAGUCGAUGCCUUGGCAGUACAUUGCCAUGAUACCUAUGGCCAGGCCCUGGCUAACAUCCUUGUAGCUUUACAGGUUUGUGUUGACAAUUCUUAUGCUAUCAGUAAAACUGCUGUUCAGGUAGUCUGUUUAAAGUGCUGCAGCCACUUUAUUUGGUUGUCAAUCUUUCUUUUGCAGAAAGGAAUCAGUGUAGUAGACUCUUCUGUAGCUGGACUGGGUGGCUGUCCCUAUGCUCAAGGGGCUUCUGGAAAUGUUGCCACUGAAGAUGUUGUCUAUAUGCUGCAUGGACUUGGGAUUCAAACAGUAAAUGCCUCUCUUUGGCCUCUUCUGUCUUUUAUUUACACUAGUAGCUGCAAAUGCAGACUUGUAGUUAAGUCUUUUUUAGUCAGUCAUUGACUUGUGAUUUUUUUUCCCAACAAAGAAAUAGUUGUCCAAAUAGUAGUCCCAAAUUUGACCCUUUGACCUUUUCUUCCUCUCUCUCAGGGGGUUGACCUGCCAAAGCUUAUGGAUGCUGGAGCUUUCAUCUGUCGCACCCUCAACAGAAAAUCCAACUCUAAAGUGGCACAGGCUACUUGUAAACUGUAAACAAGGCAGAAAAUCACAGGUUAAACAACCACACAUUAUAAUUUGUCUGCAGGUGAAAUUUACGUUAAUGUAAUCAGAUGGUACAGGUAGUGUUUUCUGGUUUGAUUACAAUAUCUAAUGAGAUAGUUACUACAUUAAAAUGCAGAUGAAAAGUGCCUUAUGUUAAGCCACUCUAAUCUUACCUGUCACAACCCUUGCUUUCACCUGUCUUUAAAAGUGUGCUUUCAUCACUUUUUGGACAUUGGAGUUUAGCAUAGACUUUGUAACAAUGAGUUCACCAGUAAAAAUGUCCUGGAGAAAGAUAAACUCACUGUCUAUGCCAUACAGAGACAGAUGCAUUACUUUUGAUUUCUAUUAUCAUUUAUCACUAUAUUUAAUUUAUUUAUCUAAUUAGUCAAAGGUGCAUCUGAGAAGGCUGUUGGCCUGUAAGAACUUGGGCAUCACGUUACCGUGUGAAAUCUGUAAAUGUGAAGAAUGGCACGUACUUCAAAGGUUUGUGAGAGGAAAAGUUUUACUUAUAUGUUCAAGUAUUUAAUGGGAUAUCAUUUCUCUAGAUUCAGUUUGUACAUAUUUAACAAGACAGUGACUUUUCAAAAUAAAAAGCUAACUCAAAAUUGAGUGAAAUGCA